AUGGCUGCUAGAAAAACUCUAAAAGAAAGCCAAAGUUCUGAAGGUGUCCAGAGAGACCAAGCAGCUGAUAAGCUCAGGAAAAGGAAAGAGCUGUUCAUUCAGCAGUUUGAACAGGAAGCUCAGGAACGAGUCAAUGAAAUGGAGGCCAAACUGGACAAAUUGUUGGCAACACUGGACCGAGCAGUGAAAAUAGAGAUGAUGAAAAUGCCUCCGUCUCUUCAGACCACGUUGAUUAAAGAUAUACUGAGUGCACAGGAAACAUCUGUUGGGGAAGUUACAAUGGCGAUCGGGUCUGUGUCUCCAGAGAUUAACAAGCCUCUCAGCAGAAAGGCCAACAGAAAAGGUAAGGCAAGUACAACAGCGGCAGCUGCACAAAGAUCUACGGGUACGGCAAAGAUGGAUGAUGAAAACAAGAGAAGGCCCAAAAAGAAAAUGCAGACCAGUAACAGUACUGGGAAUUUGAGAUGUGCCUCAACAAUUGGUGCUAAAAGGAUUCAAGAACAUGUGAUGAAGCUGAGUGAUCAAACUCUUCGAGGGGCCAAUACGAGACUACGAAGUCGGUCACUUGGUGAGCUCUCAGGACUCGCAAGUGCCACCAUCACUACCUCUCUUGGAGAGACCUUGUUUCUGUCGGAGGAGACCAAAGAUGAGGUUGAACUUGAACUUCUGGAUGAGAUGGCUUUAUUACAGAUGCUAAAGAUUAAGGAGCUGAUGGAGUACCUGUGCAACAAAGUCAAGCUGAACAAGACUAAUUGA